AUGCUGCCUUUCUUGCUCUUCUCCCCGACGCUGAUGUGUAGCGUUCUGCAGAAAACCGUUUCCUACUUAUUCGAGCCCUCACCGCUCCGAAGAUGGUCAGAGGCAUUGGAUAAGGCAGCCGACUACGACCAGUGGGUUGAGGCGGCUCAUAACCUCGAUCGCAUUCUCGGCCUCGAUAUGUGGCGCUACAACCUGAUAUGCAGGGAUUACGACUACCGCCUCAUCAACGAACGGACCCGGCUCAUCCAAAACGCCCGCCAGGAGGGUGAUGUCUAUGGGCUCAUCAACACGCUCCGCACCGGGCUUGUCCGCAAUUUAGGGAAUAUUACUAGCGCCAAGUUGUUUAACUACUGCUUCUCGGGAACAAAAGCCCCCAUCGAGAGAUAUGUCGAGCAGUAUGUUGAGGCGAUUCAAGAGAUCGCCUUGCUUCCGCCGCCGCCUGCCGAUGGGGGACCUCCGAACGUGGAAGAGGUUCCCUCGGAGUACGAGGAUGGCGAGAUAGCGGGAGACAAUAGCAUCGGUGGAAAUGGCGUCGAAAGCGCGGCCCCGGCUACCCUGCGUUACCAAAGCGGCAUGGCGACUCAGUCCCUCCAGACGCAGCACAAGCUCGAUUUCAUCACCUCUGCGAGACAGGGAUUCGGCCGGAGUGCGCUCGUGCUGCAGGGCGGUGCCAUCUUCGGGAUGUGCCACCUCGGCGUCGUCAAGGCUCUAUUCCUUAGGGGACUGCUCCCACGUAUCAUCGUCGGAACAGCAACCGGGGCAAUGAUAGCGGCACUGGUUGGGGUCCAUUCCGAGGAGGACCUUCUCCGAAUCCUUACUGGCGACGGAAUCGACCUCUCGGCUUUCGCCGCUCAUGGGAAAAACCCGGACGCCCACAAUGAACAAGUCAUGCAGUCGAUAUGGACGUGGGGGGCUACCUUCAUUAGGAGGAUACGGCGGUUCAAGGAAGAGGGCUAUUUUCUGGACGUUAAGGUCCUGGAAGAUUGCGUCCGAGCAAACGUCGGCGAUCUAACCUUCGAGGAAGCGUUUAAUCGCAGCAAGCGGAUUCUCAACAUCACCGUCGUGACGGCCGGGCAGGAGGGUAUCCCAACCCUUCUUAACCAUGUGACAGCGCCUAACGUGCUAGUCUGGACGGCCGCCGUCGCCUCCAACGCCUCGUCGGACGCCUUAUACGGCCGCCGGCAGACCCGGAUCCUCUGCAAGGACGCGCACGGCAACAUCGGGCCCUGGGCGCCCGCGGACACGGCCGACUUCCGGCACUGGACGCUGGCGUCGUACACGGACCGCAACGCGCCGCUCCAGCGCGUUUCCGGGCUCUUCAACGUCAACCACUACAUCGUCAGCCAGGCGCGCCCCUACCUCGUCCCCUUCCUGCAGUCGGACAUGCACGGGCCCGCGCCGCGGCUCUUCGGCGGCGGUUUCGGCGUCGCGGGCCUGCGCUCGCUCGUCAUGCGCAUGCACCUGCCGGGCCCCAGCGUCACGCUGGUGCCGCGGCUCGCGGCGCGCGACUUUGCCCGCCUCAUGGAGACCCCGACCCGUGACACCCUCGAGUACUGGAUCCUGCGGGGCGAGCGCAGCGUCUGGCCCGCGGUCGCCGCCCUGCGCGUCCGCUGCGCCAUCGAGAUGGAGCUCGACCGCGCCUACCAGGACGUCCGUCGUCUGAAGGCCGGCGGGCUGCGUCGCAAGGGCAGCGAGGUUGCGGCCAUGGCGAGGGAUCGGGCUCAGGCGCAGGCUCAGGCUCAGGGCCAGGCACCGGUUCAGGGACAGGCCCAGACCCAGGUGAGGGCCCGUGUCGGGGGUGGUGGUGGUGGUCGUGGGUGA